AAGGAGGGACAGGCAUCGCGCGUCCAGCACGGCACGCGCAUCUCGAUCUUAUCUUCGUUUGGGUUCUCGCGUGUCGUCACACGAGAGUUGCGCGUGCGACGUGCGCGACGGCAUUCGCGAUCCAGGAUCGCACAUAGGCAGGCCGUGGAUAGAGCGAGCGAGAGUGGGGCAGCGGAUGACAAUGAUGGCCGCCACCAGCGAUGAACGGAGUGUUAUGGAACCUGGGAGAAGGAAUUCGGGGCAGAACGAGCCCGUGGAUCGGCUAAAGCUGCUCUAUCCUAUGGUGAACGAAGAGGAAACACCGCUGCCGCGUUCCUGGAGCACGAGAGACAAGUACAACUACAUAGGCCUGUCGCAAAAUAAUCUCCGCGUUCACUACAAAGUGAGUCGGGGCCGCGUUCUUUCCCCAGGUUACGGCAAAACUCACAAAGACGCUGCCAGCGUUCGCACAACGCACGCAAUACCGCCCGCCUGCGGCUUGUAUUACUUCGAGGUGAAGAUCGUGAGCAAGGGACGUGACGGUUACAUGGGCAUUGGUCUCUCAGCGCGCGACGUCAAUGUAAAUAGAUUACCAGGCUGGGACAAGCACUCAUACGGUUAUCACGGUGACGACGGUCACAGUUUCUGCUCAAGCGGCACCGGGCAACCUUACGGGCCGACCUUCACCACCGGUGACGUGAUCGGCUGCGGCGUUAAUCUCAUCGACAACACCGCCUUCUACACGAAAAAUGGUCAUCACUUGGGCAUUGCCUUCACGGAUCUUCCCACCAAUCUCUUUCCAACGGUCGGUCUACAAACUCCAGGUGAAGUGGUGGAUGCCAACUUUGGACAGCUGCCGUUUGUCUUCGACAUCGGGGACAUGAUCAACGAACUGCGUGUACGAACGAGAUUACAGAUCAUAAACUAUCCUACGCCAGACCACGGCCAGGGCCAGUGGCAGACAAUCCUUCACAGAAUGGUGUGUACGUAUCUCGUCCAUCAUGGGUAUCUCGACAGCGCCGAAGCAUUCGCCAGUAGCACAGGUCAGGUGUUCGAAGAGGAUUACAGCUCUAUUAAAAAUCGACAAAGGAUUAUAAAACUGGUAUUAUCCGGUCGCGUGGGAGAGGCGAUAGAAGUGACCAAUCGAUUAUAUCCCGGUUUGCUUGAUCGAGAUCCGAACCUGUUGUUCGCACUCAAGUGCCGCCAAUUUGUGGAAAUGGUAAAUGGCAGCGAUUCGGAGGUCUGUUCGAAUGGCAAUCCAAAUCAGACCAGUGUAAUACAAUCGACCAAAGCAUAUGUGAAGUCUGCGACUGGUACCGUGGAAGAGAUGAAUAUCAGUAAUGCGAUGAACGGCACCAACGGACCGCAGUUUGUCAACGGUCAGAUAGAAGAUGACGUAGACAUGGAGGAGAGUGGUGUCAACACUAUGAACGGUAUCAAGAACAGUAAUGGGUAUCAGAAUGGUAAUCUGGGCUCGAAUGGGUACAAGUGUCAAAAUGGGGAGGAUGUAGAUAUGGAAAUCGACAACAGUGCCAAUCAAAGUCAGCAGCAGACCAGCAACAUCACCGAUAGUGUGAUAAGUAAAAGUAACAAGAAGCAAUUGUGCGGCGGUAACAAACAGGCAAUCGAGAAAAUGUUGGAGUUUGGCAGACAAUUGUACUCACAAUCAAUGCAUCUAAGACAGCAGUAUGGAAAGAACGACAGCAAUAAGAAAAUGUUGCAAGAUGCUUUCAGUCUAUUGGCAUACUCUAAUCCGUGGAAUUCACCUGUCGGCUGGCAACUCAAUCCACAGGAAAGGGAAACAGUCUGCCAAAGGCUGAAUUCUGCUCUUCUCGAAUCUAGUAACUUACCCCGUCGGCCACCAUUGGAAGUCGCGGCAUCCCACACAAGAGAUCUUGUCCGCACGAUGUCGACUGCCAAUUUAGGGGCUUGCGGAUUUGCGGUAGUAGAUAAUAUUAUCCAAUAUUGACGGUGCCUACCUCUGCUACCACGUCUGCCUCUUCUACCAGCGCGAGUAUGGAUGCGGAGGCGGAACGUGGAGCAGAUUGUUCUGUUAACGCAGCAACAUCGCGAUGUCGCGUGCCUCUUCAGCUAGAGCAGCCGGAUUCAUCGGUGCCUUGGCUCGAUCUCACACCACAGACAUGAACAUGCAAGAUGAACGCUCAGACCUGCCAACAAAAAUGACACCUCACCAAUUUGUAGCUUAAAUCGGGGAUGCAUGGUCACUUUGGGAUUACUAUGCCGAUGAAGAACGAGAAACGGCAGUUCACGAUGAUGCUAAUCCCCGUUCCCGGCGAUUGGCCGUAUCGCGACCGACCACAUCAAGUUUUUGACAUUGUUGUGAUUAUUUAUAUGAUUUUCUGUAUCCUCCUUUAUUUUUCUUCUCUUUGUACUUUCUUUUGUUUUUUUUAUCCGACAACGGUUUAUCUUGGUUCGCGAAUCUUUCGAUCGUUUAAUCGCGGUUAGCGCGUUACCCCAACGUACGCGUGACAAAAUGGGCACUUUGUCAUCCGAAUAUUUUAAACCGCGAUAGUUUGAGCGUCGUUAGUUUAGUAGACGCAAGUAUUGUGCAAUACGACGAUUUCACGACACGAGAAUACGUUACUACAUGAUAAAGUGAAUAUAAAGUCAAAGUCAGCGCAAAAUGACGUUUCUGUAAGAAAUGUUGUCCUUAUCGCCAUCAAAUGAAAAUGAGCUUGUGUACUUUUCAGCGCAUAAAGGUAUCGCGUAAUCUCAAAUUUAUUUGCAUUUAAAUUUUGCCGAGUUGCCUGUAUUAAAGUAUAUUCAACAAUGGAAAAUCUAUCGAAUAUUCAACCUGAUUAGAUGCUUUAGACAAAUUCGGAUGAUGGAAAGGAAUAACAAGUGGGACGCGUAUUGUCAUACAUUGCGUCUCGUUCGGAAAAAUUGAGACGUGUUUAUUUUACGCAUUCGCGUUGAUUUAACAAUUUUUUAACUUAAUUUUCGUACAUCCUAAUGAUAAAAUAUUACUUGUUUCAUUUUGACGAAUCGGCGCGACGAUUUUUUUUUUUUUUUUGUAAUUCGGUUUUCUAAUUAUUCUGGGAGCGGCGGAAGCAUGUUCAUUUUAGAGAUGGACGACAUCUUACGUUUAUAUAAAUAGUUGCGAAAAACAAAAAAACCUGUAAACUUAACUAAGAAGCGAUCUUGUACUCUAUACUAAGUAAUUGUUUUUUAUAUGCGACAUAGUAUAUUAUUAUAUUAUAUAUUAUUAAAAGGUAAAAAAAAAAAAACGAGAGAGAAGAAAAAUCGCAAAUAAGAAAAUCGUAUGCAGCUAGGCGUGCGUUUAAAUACAAUAAUUUACUAUAUAUACACGAAAAAAAUCAUAUUAAUUAAAAUAGAAUUACUCGAAUCAAAUGAUUUUUAGUGUUAUUGUUUUGUGUAUUAUAUAGAUAGAACUAUAAUACGAAUAUGUGCGAAUACAGCAUGGAUUUGGCUAACAUGAUUUGACAAAAAUUUUGUUUCGUCGCACAUGUUGUUGUUAUCGAGAUUAUCCGCCAGGAUCUUUGUGUAAAUUCAACCUUAUUUGGCUAAUACGACCUUAUUUGGCUAAAUUGAUUUUGGGAAUAAUCGUCAUUGUUACUUCGAGAUUUGUUCAAGUUUUUGUUUUGCUGACGUGACCGGCGCAACAAAUUGACAGCUUGCUCAUUCUUGUAUAUCGGAUCACAUUGGCCCGCGCGGUAUGAUCACAAUUUAGCCGAAUUAUUGAGAUGUGCUCAGUAAAUCGUCGAUGUUCUUGUCUCUGGAGACAUUUUCGUUCACGUCCUUCCGGUGAUCGGCUCCCGAUGGUCGUUUUGCCCCUAGCCUGCCUUCUGAGUCUUUCGACACAAUACUUUCAAAAUGCAUAUAUAUUUUAGGUAAUAAAGAUACAUUGUAAUAUAUACAUAUAUAUUUGUGCCUAUCUAAUGUAACUUUAUUUGCGUCUUCGUUUUUUCUUUAUUUGCGUCAAUUAACACCCGCGCGAACAUGUAUAUACAUUUAUUUACGCAUACGUUUGAUACGAAUCGUAUACACCUGAUUUUGUUUCUCUCUUUGUCCAAAAUUCAUCAUUCUUGCGCGCCGAAAAAACCGCGUCGCAUUGUAUUCCCGCAUCGCAUUCGUCCGCGAUGACAAAAGCAGAAGGAAUGAUACACGUAUUCUCCUCCUUUCUCGCAAUGACAGCACGAUGAUGCAUAUACAUGUGUAGAGUAUGCACCAACCACGUCAAUCGUCGAAACAUAGUAAAUGUUCACUCGGAAAAGAUUUCUCCUCGUGAUCUUCUCACUCAAACGAUUUGUGCACAAAAAAAAAUGUAACUAGCGUAUACAGAAGGUGACCCGUUUAAGUAGAGAGGCAGUAAACACUCUUUUUCGCUUUUAUCUUUAACUUUGAGGGACUACUCGCAUUUCAACGCGCUCGCACACGCACGCACGCGCAUAAUUUUUGGUAACGUCAACGAUAUUCUAGUCAAUCUCGAGGGUAUUUUGUUCUCAUACAUUGAUGGAGAGAUAUAUAUCAUGGCAAAUCAAAUCGCGUAUUUUUAUACUGUGGUGUUUAACUUUUAUCCGGGAAGUCUAUUUUUUAAAGAUAUAAAAACGGGUGACGCUAUUUUUUCCGUAAGAGAGAGUCCUACAAAAAUAUAUUAUACACAUACAAAUAUAUAUUUAUGUCUUUAUACUAUCAUAAAGAUCACAUGUAAUUUUAUGAAGCUAGGAAUGUAUUUUAGAGAAAGUAGUUUUAAAUUUCGAGGAAUUGAAAGAAGAUUUAGCUUGUCCGGAUACAAGAGUUAAAAAUGUUAUUCAAUUAAUUUAUAUAGAUACAGAGAGAUAUGUAACAAUUUAUGAUUGUAGUACUUUUGAUUUCGCAUUUUCGUAUAAAAAAAAAAAAAAUCAAUAUUCACGAUGUAUACGUCUUGCAAUACCUUUUUGUUACAUACGUGCGCGCGUGCGUGUGGUAUAGUAAAAUGUGCACAUACAGUAAAAAAAAAUAUAUAUAUAUAUCUAUAUACUAUGCUUUUUUUUAUAUAUGACUAAAUAUAAUUGUAGUUUAUGUAUGCGAGAGUCAAGUAUAUAUCUUUCUCUCUUGAAUCCAAUUUUAAGAAGAGGAGCGAACACAGUGGCGACGGCCAUCGAAUUAGUUGUUUCUGACACGCUCUGAGUACGUUGAAACAUAUUUUAACAAUAGAAAUGUUAUUUUUAUACGUGUACGAUGUAGUUAUAUUAAAUGAGCUGUGUGGCGUCGUGUGUGUAACGAAAUCGUGACAUGUUAGUAGAAACAUUAACACUCUGUCGUCGCUAUAUAAGUUUUCCGUGUAGGGAACAUGUGUACAGAGUGAUUCGAGCGGAACACUCUGUAUUGUGAAUAAAAAAAAAAGGAAGAAAGAAACCAAAUCGAAAGUUCAUACUGUUAACAAGUUUUUAGCAAUACUUUGUAAUAACGAGAAAAAAAAAGAAGAGAUGCGAGAUAUAUAAAUAAUAAAAGUAAAGACGUUCUGCAAACAGCGAUGUGAUGCUGUCGUGCAUCCUUUUCUUUUUAUUCUUAUCAGCACCGAACGUCUAUUAUAUAUUUCUUUUUCACGAAGCUUUCGAAGAUGCGAGUGCAAUCGCGGCGAGCUUCGAAGCACGAAGAGGUGUAUCGGCUAUGAGCUUUCGAUUCCGAUUACUGUGGCAAAAACGCUUCUAUCUGAUAUUUCAAGAAAUUCUCGAGUGUAUAAAACAUACACAAGUAUGUAUGUAUAUGUAAAUAUAAGCAAGGUACACACGCGAGCAAUUUGACGGCACGGCGCUUUCUAAACAGGGAUCGAAGUCGAUGUAAUCUCGAUGGCAAGCUCGAGAGCAAAUGUUAUCAUCGCCUGAUUCGUGAUCUUUAACAAUCGAACAUUGGCUUGAUUACUCGAUUGGCAUAAAUUCACAUUUUUUUUUUCUCGUUUAAAUGAGACACGAGAGAGAUUGCGGAUAUUAUUGGCAGCCGAUUCGAUUUGAAAGUUUGACGACGUUUGGUCCCUGCUUCGAACCAUGUGUAAUUUAAGAUAAAGCAAUCGAUUUACUAGCCAGAAGAAUUCCGAUCGAGAGUAUCGUAUAUGAUGUCUGCGCGCGUUGCACGCGGAAUACGAAUUUGAAAAGGAUGUGUCGUACAAUUUUAUUGUGUAACCAGCAUUUUUAAUCCGCAAUUAUAUUCAAUACUACUUACGCUAUCAGCGAUUACGUUAUAAAGUCGUUACUCGGUAAUAAAGCAAGCUGUAUUCCCUUA